AUGUCACCAGCUACACUACCUUACGAAGUUUUACUCGAGAUAUUCAGUUAUACAGAAAGAAAAACUAUUGUUCAGUGCAGUUGUGUCUGCAAGAGUUGGAAUCAACCAGCAUUAACAAGUUUGUUUCAAGAAUUGUAUUUGCACGAUGGUCAUGAUAUUGUGAAGCAGGAUUUAGAUGAAACAUCUAAAGGGCAAAAGUACUUUAAAUAUUGCGGUAACGUUAAAACACUCAAGAUAAAAGAGAGGCCAUUUGAUGCCUCUCGAACAACUGGAGAAGAAUACAUGUUUACUCGGCAACAAUUCAUAAAACUUUUGGAAUACAUGCCUAAUCUUCAAACAUUGGAUUUAUCAUUAUCUUCUGGUGAUAUUUAUCUGAAAUUUAUCCUGGAGUCUGACUCGAUAAAGUGUCUAAAUCAUAUUCAAACCAUUUCACCCGCCUUUUCAAAAUUUUAUUUCCCCGUAUGUUUCAAGUAUCGUACCAGCAUUGUAAAUCUCAGGAUUGAAUCUUGGACGCAUUCAACUUCUUUUGGCCCUCAGGCUUACCCAACACUGACUGUUUUGAGCCAUUUUACAGCAUUAAAAAACUUGAGUUUGCGUUUUCGUCAAAAUCAAUUUCCAAUGCUAUCCGAUCUUCUGGGAGCCUUUCCAAAUUUACUGGCACUUAAAAUUGGCACAAACUCAUAUUUCCGUCAUUUAUAUCUAGGCGAUUUCGUUCCGAAUCGUCUUGUUGGUAAUAUACGUCCUCCGAUAGACCUUCUUUUUCGGGAUGGUAAUGUUGACCCUCAAGACAAUUUUAUCCAGACUAGUCUUCCUCAAAUCAUUACCCCUCCGAGAAAUGUCACUCUGCACAAUGCCACUAAGAACACACAGUGCAUCACCGUAGAAAGUUUAACUCUUGGCGUACCUGAAACAUCGGGGAAACAGAUCAUAGACAUAGCAACAAGCAUUUCUAAUCGAUUGCAAAAUCUCUACUUGUUAAUUGAUAUGGAGCUGAAUGAAUGGGUACGCAUUGUUGGCAUGGAUAAUGCUUUGAAACUCAUGAGACGUAUGGCUACUAUGAACAAUGCUAUUAUAUAUUUUAAAAUUUAUGAUUUUCAACAAAGUCGUUACACUCGAUCAAAUAUGACGGACCAUUUUACGAUGUUUAACGCAUUUAGAGGAUGCGAUACAACGUGUGCAGCCAUAUAUGGAUAUAGAAGCAUCAUAAAUGAUCCUUUGCUAUUUGAAUAUGGCUUAAAAAGAUGUGAUUACUAUCGUCAAAACAUUAAUGGGACACGUACGAUCAUAAUUGCUUUACCUGAUGUCACAUCCUCUAUUAUCGGACCCGAGAUUUUUAACAGUUUAACAAUUUAUAUCGCAGAACCUGACUCAGAAUUGACUCAUAUGUUUCUGGAGUAUGCAUUGGUCAAUUGUUCGAAACUGCAGAGUUAUACUUUCAUUAAUUUGUGUAGGGGUCCUGAACAAAUUCGACUUCAACUUCGCCGAAACCAAAACCGAGAAAAUGAUUUCCACGAUUCACAAGAUGUAAUAGAAAGGCUUACAGUUUUAGUUAUUGAAGGAUGCAUUCCGCCAAGAAGAACAAUGGAACGAAUCAAUCAUUAUUUGCCACAUAUUGAACUGUUGUGCUUAUCUGGAACCAAAUAUAGGAUGUCGGGUGAAAUAACGGGGCCAAUUGAUACUACGUCUUUAAAAGGCUUGAAACGAUUUUAUAUGGAUCUUCGUAAAGCUUACUGUUGGAUUCACAUGAAGUACACGGAUGGAACCGAAGCUUAUUACCAUUUCACAAGUAGAUAUCACAGUUUUAAAGAAGUGACUGUAAAUGUUUUUCAUGGAAAUGGAGCUUCAAGAGUUAAAGAUCGUCGCAGAAUACGAAAAACCACCAUCCUAUGUAAUAAGGAGACGGCGAUUGUUUUCUUUUACGGCGAAAAAUUUGUAGUUGCAGAGAUCGAGAAAGGCCAACUCCAUGAUUAUAUUAACUUUAAUAGCGACUACAAGAACUUAAAUUUCCUGCCAAAAAUGUUAGUCCCACUAUGA